AAAUGUGUCAGUAUCACCUGUUUCGAUGGCUUAUAAAUCCCUAACAGAACGUGUCCCAAGGACAUUGAUCUGUAGAUUGGAAGAAGACAAGAUGGCCCGAAAAGAACUGAACCACAAGGUAUCAUUUUUUUCUAAAGCUAUUGCAACAUUGUUGACUUUUCAAGUAUUUGCACCUGCAGCAGGAUGUCCUCCUAAAGAAAACAUUUUCCCACAAUGUACAUGUACGACUGGAAUUGUCAUAUCGUGCAAUAUCAAGACAGUUGAAGAUAUUCCAGUGUGGGCUUUUCGAGGAUACAGUAUUAGUCGCCUUGAACUCACAAUGUCUCAAACAGCAAAUAAAUUUACAUUUGGCCGUUAUUUUUUCAUGGGGCUUACUAUAAAGUUUAUUGAGCUGAAAUCAUUUUCUCUGGCAACCUUAGACUUGAUGAAGGACUUCGAAGGUUUAGAGAAGUCCCUAACUGGAUUAUCAGUCAUAACAUCCUCUAUUGAUAAUGUAACUAGUACAGAACUUCAACAACUAAACAAAGAGUUUUCUCUAUUUCUAACUCUAACCAUGGAAGGGAGUAUGUGUCUGUUGAAUGAUGAUAUUAAUUAUAUAGGAAUACCUAACAUCAAGACCUUUACUUGCACUGGCAAUUCAGGCAUUAAAAAGGCAGACAAAGCUCCAAAUUACAUGUUAUCAGAUUUAUCGAAACUUGAAAAAGUUGAUCUAGGUGGCGUUGGUUUCACAGGUAUAGAAAGAAACGUGUUUCCCUCGGAUGCAAGUAAACUAAAGAUAAUCAACUUAAGAGAUAAUCAGUUGACGAAACUCGAAGUGCAUUUAUUCGAAAGAAUGCCAGCCCUUCGUGAAGUCUAUCUACAAGGAAACAAGCUAACCACGAUAGAGAAAAAUAUAUUUCAACCAGUAUGGAAUCAACUGACUCACCUUUACGUAAACUGUAACAGCGUUGUUUGUAACUGCGAUGUCGCGUGGAUUCUCUACAACCCAAAGAAACCUGCAAAUUUCAUACCUCCAACAUGUCAAGGUUCGUCUUCGACGGCUUCAGUGAGCAAGAAGUUUAUUGGACUGAUAUUAACAGACAUUGAGUUAGAAGAUCUGUGCCCAACAUGGAUCCAUUUUGUGUAAGACAAUAACUGUCACAGUCGAUUGUCAAAAACGCAUGCUGUUCACUUGGAAGUAACAAGUAUCUCAAUAAAGAAUACUAAAACACAAUUCAAUUUAAA